AUGGAUGAGACCGCGGUGUCUGCAGGACAGAGAGACACACAAGAUCCUGGGCUGAGAGCUGGGUGGGGAUGUCUUGGGACCCAGUCUCUUGAUUUCCUUCCAGGGACCCUCCCCAAACCCACCCUCUGGGCUGAGCCAGCCUCUGUGAUCACCUGGAGGAGCCCUGGUAUCAUCUGGUGUCAGGGGACCCUGGAUGCCAAGGAGUACCGUCUGGAUAAAGAGGGAAUUUCAGAGCCCUGGGACAGACAGACACCACUGGAGCCUGGGAACAACGUCAAGUUCCACAUCCCACACAUGGCAGAGUACUAUGCAGGGCGAUAUCGCUGUUACUAUUACAGCCCUGCUGGGUGGUCAGAGCCCAGUGACACCCUGGAGCUGGUGGUGACAGGAUUCUAUGAUAGUAAACCCACCCUCACAUCUGUGCCAAGCCCUGUGGUGACCCCAGGAGGAAACGUGACACUGCAGUGUGUCUCACAGCGGGGAUUUGGCAGGUUCAUUCUGAUCGAGGAAGGACAGAACCUCUCCUGGACCCGGGACUCACAGCGAACCUCCUCUGGGCAGUCCUAUGCCCUGUUCCCUGUGGGCCCUGCGACCCCCAGCCACAGGUGGACGUUCAGAUGCUAUGGCUGGUACAGGACCAACCCACAGAUAUGGUCAGUUCCCAGUGACCCCCUGGAGGUACUGGUCUCAGGUGUGUCUAGGAAGCCCUCCCUGCUCAGCCUGCAGGGCCCUGUCCUGGCCCCUGGACAGAACCUGACCCUCCAGUUGGUGCGCUGGGAGCUCAACAAGUUGCCUUCUCUGGAGGCCCGAACAGAUCAGCCAGGUUAG